AAGAUACGCGCAUCCUUGUGUCUAAUGCUGUCAUACCGACAUGGAACGUGGAACAGAUUUUGAAACAAGAUAUUAAGCCAGAUGAUAUGUUGUUCAAUACUGUGGCGCAAUAUAUUGUUUCAAGCAUUGCGACUUUCAUGCUAAUGGAUAACCUCCAAAAACCAUCUUGGUCCAACUGCCGUGUAGAUCCUGCUCCUACUACCAUCUCCCCAGCUUACAUGGAAUACCUUUAUGACACUGUCAUAAUGUCUUCCUUGGGCGAAAAAGGAUCAAGCUUCCGUUGGUGGAAUGUUGCCGCAUGCUAGAUGUAGCAAAAGAGACGCUAAAAUUCAUUGUACAUAAACUCUUCCUCCCCCCCUUUCUGAACCGAACUCGAAGACCUUUUAACCUUUUUCUUUGGCUGUAUUUUUUUUUUCCCUUCUUUAUAAUUCACAUUCCCCACUGCACACAAAUUCCUCUCAAGCUCCCCCCUUUUUUUUAUAAGAAAAUUUUCUGCUUUACACCAUAUGUCCUUUUUUCUUUUCAAUCGUACUUUCGCUCUCUUCAUCAGCAUAUUGUAAGGGAACUUUGAUAAUUAUGAAAUUACAAGAAAAUAACAUUUCUGUUUCCAAACAAACAAAAAAAAAAAAAUUGGGAACUUGGUGUGAUUAU